AUGUCAACCUCCACCUCUUUCAAUGACGCUUUUGUGUCGGCAGUUACGCCUGGCCCUGAACGCCUUUUGCCAGGCGUGGCUCUCGGUGCUGCAAGAGCCCUUGGAAAAGCUGAUAUUUCAGAUCCUGAGGACUUUCUUGCUGCAUAUGGCACAUUGCAGCUGGACCCCACGUCGCCGCCAGUGUCGCCCGAGACGACUGUAUGGCUUGCCUCCUGUACUAAGCUAGUGACGACCGUCGCAGCCUUGCAGUGCGUCGAACGCGGUCUAUUCUCACUAGACGAGCCUGCUGAUGUCGACCGUCUACUGCCUGAAUGGAAGAAGCCCAUGAUCCUGACUGGCUGGGCGGACAAUGAACCCGUCCUACAACCCGCAAAAGAAAGCAUCACAUUAAGAAGAUUGCUAACGCAUACGAGUGGAAUCGGCUACGAUUUCCUCUCGCCUGACUUGAUGAGAUGGAGACAAGUCCGCAAAGAAGGAAUUUUAUCCAUGCAAGCACCCAUCACGCAGUGCUUCACGACGCCUCUUCUAUUCGAGCCCGGAUCUGGCUUCGCUUAUGGUGGCGGACUGGAUCUUGUGGGAUUGAUGGUCGCGAGGGCCAACAACUGCACGCUGGAAGCAUACAUGCGACGCAAUGUCUUGGACGUAUUGGGUAUGGACAAGACGUCUUUCUAUGUCAGACACAACGAUAUCAAACAGAAACUGAUGCCAAUGACGACUCGCCCUGCACCUGACGCAGAUCUCGUCUCUGGCGAAGCAUCGGGUAACCCGCUGGUACAGCCGCUGAAUCCUCAAGAUGAAUAUGGUGGCGCAGGAUUGUUCAGCAACACGGAGGACUAUCUCCGACUUCUGAAAUCGCUUCUCCGGAACGAUGGUAAGCUCCUUGAGGCGGAGAGUAUCGACCUCAUGUUUACGCCAUGUAUUUCGUCUACUGCACAAGAUUCGCUCGACCAGACCUUGUCUGUGCCGCAUAUCGCUGCCAUUAUGAUACCUGGCGACGCCCCAAUGGGCACUCCUGGCGCUCGGAAGUGGUCACACGCUCUGGGUGGGUUAGUAGCAUUGGAAGAUGAUGCGGAUGGCGGUUUGAAGGCUGGUAUGUUGCGAUGGGGAGGUGCACCUAAUCUCAAGUGGUGGAUUGAUCGCGAAGGCGGCACUUGUGGCAUAUUCGCAACGCAGCUGUCGCCGGCUGGCGAGCUGCGACAUGCGCAUCUAGGUAAGAUGUUUGAGAGGGAGGUGAUCGCAAUGUACGCUUGA